AGCGGCAUCCUGCGAUCCUGAUAACAGUCGCUAUCGCUCUCAUUCAUAGUGAUCUCUUCGCGCCGAAACACUGGCUGACAAACCAAUUUGUUUAAGCUACAGUUAACCGACACAUUGCAAAUAUUUCUUCAACUACAGGAGAGGAGUGAAGAAAGCAAGCCUUUUUCUGUCUAACACUAUAACUGUUAAUUACGCAGACGGACACAUCUUCAUCAUCAUCUUCAUCAUCAUCCAGCUAACGAUGAAGUUGCGGUGGGGCUGGACGUGUCUCUUGUUACUGUCCAUCUCCAUGGUAACAUGGGCCCAGGAGGAAGAGCUGGAGGGUGAAGAAGAGGCUCAAGUGGAGGAUGGAGAUGUGGACAUGGAGACGGACAGCAGCGAGAACACUGAAGCAGAUGCCAAUGUGUCUUUUCAGGUAACAUACAAGACCCCAGUUCCAACAGGAGAGGUCUACUUCACUGAGACAUUUGAUGAUGGUUCUUUGAGCAGCUGGCAGGUGUCUAAAACAAUUAAGGAGGAUGCUGAUGAAGAUAUUGCAAAAUACGAUGGUAAAUGGGAAGUUGAGCCCCUGAAGGAAAACAAGGUGCCUGGUGAUCUGGGCUUGGUGCUUAAAUCUCGUGCUAAGCACCAUGCCAUAGCGGUUCUGCUUAACCGACCCUUUGUCUUUAAGGACAAGCCCCUCAUUGUCCAGUAUGAGGUAAAUUUUCAAGAUGGAAUUGACUGUGGAGGAGCUUACAUCAAGCUACUUUCGGAUUCAGAGGACUUGGACCUGAAGCAGUUUCAUGACCGGACACCAUACAGCAUCAUGUUUGGGCCGGACAAAUGUGGAGAGGACUACAAACUGCACUUCAUCUUCAGACAUAAAAGCCCCCAUAAUGGAGAUACGGAAGAAAAACAUGCCAAGCGACCUGACGUCGAUCUGAAGAAGAUCUACACCGAUAAGAAGACUCACCUUUACACACUUGUGUUAAAUCCAGACAAUAGCUAUGAGAUCUUUGUAGACCAGUCCAGUGUGAGCAGGGGAAGUCUGUUGACAGACGUCAUUCCACCUGUGAACCCUCCUAAAGAGAUAGAUGAUCCAAAAGACUCCAAGCCAGAGGAAUGGGACGAGAGAGCCAAAAUCCCUGACCCAGAAGCAGUCAAACCUGAAGACUGGGAUGAGGAUGCCCCAGCUAAGGUGCCUGAUCUUGAUGCAAUGAAGCCUGAGGGGUGGCUAGACGAUGAGCCAGAGUUUGUGUCUGAUCUCACUGCAGAAAAGCCUGAUGACUGGGAUGAGGAAAUGGAUGGAGAAUGGGAGGCUCCUCAGGUGCCAAACCCAGCAUGUACAACUGCUCCUGGCUGUGGUGAAUGGAAGCAACCCAUGGUCAAUAAUCCUCAGUAUAAGGGCAAAUGGAAAGCUCCUCUCAUAGACAACCCCAACUACCAGGGUGUGUGGAGUCCGCGGAAGAUCCCAAACCCUGACUACUUUGAGGAUCUGCAUCCGUUUAGGAUGGCGUCAUUUAGAGCUAUUGGUCUGGAGCUGUGGUCUAUGACCUCGGACAUUUACUUUGACAAUUUCAUUAUUACUGAAGAGAAGGAGGUGGCAGACCGCUGGGCUGCAGACAGCUGGGGACUCAAAAAACUGGUGGCUAGUGCCAAUGAGCCUGGAGUGUUGAGUCAGUUGGCACUGGCUGCAGAGGAGAGGCCCUGGCUGUGGGUGGUUUACAUCCUUACUGUUGGUCUGCCUGUCGGACUGGCUGUGCUUUUCUGCUGGCCAAAGAAGUCAGAUGAUGACUAUGUAUACAAGAAAACUGACAAACCCAAAGCAGAACAAGAGGAGGUAGAAGAAGAACAAGAGGAGGAAGAGGAGGAGAAAGGAAAGGAUGAAGAAGGAGCAGAAGCAGCUACUGAAGCUACUGGGGAGGAGAAUGAUGAUGAGAUGGUGAAGGAGGAUGGAGAAGCUGGAGGAGAUACAGAGGAAGAAGAAGAGGAGGAGGAGGAGGAAGAGGAGGCCAGUAAACCAAAUGACACACCUUCAGAGGAUGAAAUGAAGGAUGCUGAUGAAGAAACCCAGGGCACAGGAAAUGAACGUAAAGCUGUGAGAAAGAGGAGAGUACGGAAGGACUAAACAAACACACCUAGUUUUUCCCCUCAUUCUCUCUUCCCCCUUAUUCCUCUGCCUCUUUUAGCUGCAUGAUUUUGGCUUUAUGCCCUUUAGCAUGCAAAAAUCGGCAAACCUAGUCGCUCUACUGAAGAGGUUAUUCUCCAUCAGAUUGAACCUCGCCUCCACAUUUUAGUCUUCCGCUUGAUUCUUAUUGGUUACUGUUCAGAUUUAGAUACAAAAGUUUGCCCUGCUGAAUUUUAUCUCCCAAGUUAUUUUCCUAUUUUUCUUUUUAGAUAAGGAUUCAAUUAGUAUUUCUCCAGUAUUUCCCUACUAGUAAGUGAUGCAAUUCCAAGUACUCUGAAGGGAAAUGUACAAUGAAUAUUUUAGAAAGAUGAGCUAGUUUAUGAUCACCUCUACAGUAUGUUUCAGCUCUUUAAGUUAUUAAGUUGUGAGUUCUGAGUAAAAGUUAUGAGCUUUUUAAAUUGAUCAAAUUCUGCUGAUCGUAUUUAUUGUUUCUAACUUGUUUGAAAAAUGCUACAAUUUUAUUUAGACAUAGGACCUUUUAAUAUUGCUUUCUACUGAGUCAUUACCACAGUUAGCUGCCUGUGGAGAAAAAGCUGUGCUUGUCAGACCAGGGGCUGUCUUCACAAAACAUAUAGAUCAGAGGAGUGCAUUAUAUGGAUCAGUAUUGCUUUUUUGGCAUUGAAGCAAGUCAUUACACACAGUCCAAGCUGAUCUAAGCUCAGCAUCAUCAUUAACACUGUAGCCAAAAGCCCAGUUGUAAGCACACUGAAAACACUCCCAUUUAUCCCUAUUUGACAUCAGACUGACUGACAUGAAACCAUUGAGCUUUAAAAAGCAGAUUUUUUUUUUUUUUUUUUUUUUAAAGUGAUGAACAGUUUUGUUUUUCUGCUUUUUUCGGUCAUGUGUUCAGCCUUAGGAGGACAGCCUUUUUGUUUACAUGUUUGCAAACUGUUCAUUGCUCUUGGAAAUAAAUAUUUACUAUAAAUGUCUGCGUGCACUGUUGCCAUGAUUUCACCAGGAGCAGAGUUUACUCGCUUAUGCAAAGGCAAAUAAUUUUUAUUAAAGGCAUAAUUGUAACAAAAUAAAAUGUACACUUUUACAACAGGCAGUAUCUUACAUUGGGUGCUUGCAGACAUAAAUGACCUACAUGAAUGAAAAAUGUCUUUAUUUAAUACUAUUAUUUUAGACUAAUUAAUAUGUAGUGAUGUUGCAGCCAUCAGUGCAGUUCCCAUACUUUUUGACCAAUGAAUUUGCAUGACUUUUCCAUGACCUUUCCAACUGUUCAUGAUAAUUGGAUAAUGAAAAUCAUUUUACAGAGAUUGCUGGGCAGAUUUACAUUUGUAUGUCAGGUACCAAUGAUUAUACUUUUUAGUGGUACAAAUGCCUCCAAUAAGAGCAACAAUUGACAUGACUCAUGUUAUCAACGUGAGCAAGUUUUACUCUAUACAAGCACUCACAAGGACCAAUAUUUAGCUAAUAAAAACUAGAAUCAAUAAAAACAUGUCUUGAUUACAAUGCUUAAUACUUAGCACAUACAAUGGAAGUGAAUGGGCCAGUCACAUUGUUUCAAAGGUAUUGCCACAAGACGUGAACAUUAUGUGUAAACAUGAUUUUAGUGAAAAAAAAUUCUGUUCUACACGAUUUUAGUGUCUUAAAAUUGCUUACAGGGUUUAUCGGCAUUGCAUUGUAAUGGCAAUAAAGCAAUAUUGGAUAUAACUAACACAGAUAAGGUUAGUUAACAGUUUUAAUCACACAAAAAUCAUGUCAACGUAAAAUGUUAACAAUUUGAAACAAUGUGCAUUUUAAUGUUUAUGGACUGGCCUCAUUAUCUUCCAUUGUAAACGCCUUUCUGUAACCAGUUUCUUUUUCUUUUUUUCGAAUCAGAAAAGAGUCAAAAUUAUUUUUUGUGGCAAUCAACAUUAUGCAACAAAUGCUG